AUGUUUGCGGCAUUGAUGUGGACUAUUAGCGAUUUUCCAGGAUUGAAAAACUUAUCAGGGUGGAAUACGCACAACAGCUUAGCAUGUCCUAUUUGUAAUUUUGAUGCUAAGGCACAUCGACUGACAUAUAGUCAAAAAUGGUGUUUUAUGGAUCAUCGUCGUUUUCUAAGUCAGGGUCAUAAAUUUAGACUAGACCAGUUAAGAUUUGACGGGCAAGUAGAAAACAGGGAUCCUCCAAAGAUGUUGUCUGGAACAGAUAUCCUAAGACAACAAUCAAAUGUUCACGUGUCAUUCGGAAAGAUGACAAACGUCAUAGGACAAAAAAGAUGCAAUGGUGAAGAUGCCAACAUGGGUGAAUCAAACUGGAAGAAGAAGAGUGUUUUCUUCGAACUCCCAUACUGGGAAGAAAAUAUGCUACGUCAUAACCUAGAUGUUAUGCACAUAGAAAAAAAUGUCUGCGAUAACAUAGUGUUCACUAUAUUAAAUGAUAAUGAAAAGUCAAAGGACAAUCUGAAAGCUCGAAAGGAUUUACAAUACAUGGGCAUAAGGCUGGAGUUGUGGCCGCGUGAGGGUGGAAAAUAUCCUUCUGCAGUUUUUACCAUGUCAAAUGUACAAAAGGAUAUAUUUCUAAAGACUCUUCAACAUGUCAUCUUUCCAGAUGGUUAUUCAAGCAAUAUUAUGCGUUGUGUUGACUUGCGACAGCGUAAGUUGUAUAGUUUGAAAAGUCAUGAUUGUCACAUUCUGAUGGAACAUUUGCUUCCAAUUUUGGUCAAGAAUGCACUGCCUGCCAAUGUGGGUAUCGUAAUUGCCGAUCUUUUAUCAUUUUUUCGAGCACUCUGUGGGAAAGCUGUUAACCCUCUACAGCUCGAUGAACUCCAAAAUCAUGUUGUUCAUAUCCUGUGUCGUAUGGAGAUGAUUUUUCUUCCAUCAUUCUUCACAAUCAUGGUACACCUUAUCGUGCAUCUUAUAGAAGUAAAAAUUGAUAGCCCAAUACAUUAUCGGGCUCAAGCAGAAGGCUCAAUUGCAGAGGGAUACUUAUCUGAGGAUAUUCUAACCUUUUGUUCUAGAUAUCUGGAUGACAUUGAGACUAGGAUGAAUCGGCCGGUGCGAGUUGACGAUCAACCUAGUGGAGUGAUCCUUGAUGCAUAUGAAACAAUGUUCCCGAAAAUUGGAAAGGCGGUUCCGAUGGAGAGCACUGAGUAUUCAAAUGAGAUUAAAUGUCUUGCAUGUGGACCCAGACUGCAAGCAAGACGUUAUGGGGUGUACAAUGUCAAUGGGUAUAAGUUUAGAACUAUGGCAAAGGAUGAAGGAAUGAAAACCCGAAAUAGUGGAGUAUAUGUCUCGUCUAAUACACGAAGUUAUGCAAGCAUGCGUGACCAAAAAGUGGCUAUUGAUAGUGUUACAUAUUAUGGCAAAAUUGUAGACAUAAUUGAAUUGAAUUACAGCUGUCGGUUCUCAGUUGUGCUGUUCAAGUGUAUUUGGGUAGAUACGACUACUACUAGAGGAAUCAAACAAGAUCAUUUGAGUCUUACUAGUGUUAACUUCUCUCGUUCAAUACACACUGGUGAUCGAGAAGACGAUGAACCGUACAUAUUGGCAUCAGAGGCUCAUUUUGUAUACUAUGUGGACAAUGAAGUAGAUAAAGAAUGGAGCGUAGUUGUUCAUGUGAAGCCACGAGACUUGUAUGACAUGGGAGAAGAGAAUGAAGAAGCUAAAGUUGGUUUCUCUCCACAGUCAGGGUUAAACAUGUCAAUGACAGAGGACAUUGGAGAGCUACAGUUGACAAGGGAUGAUGAUACAGAAGACCCCACAGACAAUAUUUCUGAAAAUAUUGAUGAUGUUGCAAAAUGA